AUGGCCUCUCGUCAACCCAGAAACAGAUUGACGCUAUUUGGCAAGGUUGAUGCGGUGCUUGGUAUCUGCUCCAUGGUUUCGGCGGUCGUUUCUUCUAUUAUUUCGGGCGCUUUUCGUGGUAAAUCUGGCGCAGAUACCUAUCAUCAUCACAUUAUACAAGGAGCAGUUAAGAAGUUGAUGACCAGAUAUACCCCGCUUCAGCUGCAGUAUCUUCUUGAAUCAUCGGAUCAGAUAUACCUGAAGUACUGUAAAAGGAGCCAGGUCGAGCCGAAUUUUGUUUCAACCGACCAGGGUGUGAAGGGUUUCUGGAUCGGAAGCCCACGCGCUAAAUAUGUUGGGAUAUAUUUCCAUGGAGGAGGGUUUGCGGUGGACGGAACAAAAUCACAUAUAGAUCUUUGUCUUGAACUACAAAGAAGUCUGGGUCAAAAUGGGACCAAACUUGCUUGGUUCUAUUCUACCUACACAUUAACGCCUCACUCAACUUAUCCGACACAAUUCUGCGAAGCAGUAAAAACCUUGAACUACGUUCUACAGGAUCUCGGACGACAUCCAUCAGAAGUCAUACUUGCAGGUGACUCUGCAGGCGCAAACCUCUGCUUGGCAAUCUUGUCCCACAUGACGCAUCCGGCCACAGGUGUGCCUAGAUUGAUAGUACAAGAACCCCUCAAGGCACUUGUCCUUAUCUCGCCUUGGGUCUCCUUUGAUCAUAAUUGGCCAAGCGUGCGGCGUAAUAAGUAUAAAGAUAUUGAAGCGGCUGAUGCUACAGCGCUGUGGUCUAGAAUUUAUCUCGAUGUCAACCCAACAAAUCAUUACAUCGAAGCUGUUCGUGCUCCGGAAGAAUGGUGGAAGGGGGCAAAGGUUCAACACACACUAGUUCUUGCUGGAGAAGAUGAAAUUCUUGUGGACCCAAUUACAGCUUGGGUCCAUAAUUUUCAGGUAUGA